AUGUCCCUUGCAUCCAACGGUGUCCAAAAUCCCGAGGGAUUGAAAAUUGAGUCAAAAGAAAACGGAUUUGAUGAGAACGGUGACAGGGAUCAGUACAACAAGCUUCUCGACUUAGGACUCGUCGAACAAGUUGCCCAAAAGCUUGAUGCCAUCUACCAGGAAGGACUUGUGAAGCACGAAGAACUCGACGAUCGCGCCUUUGACGCAUUGAAAGAGUUCGAAUGUGAAGGAGCCUGCGCCGUGCUGCAGCAAUUCAAGGAUUCCAACCUGUCCCAUGUCCAAAACAAAAGUGCCUUCCUCUGCGGAGUGAUGAAGACUUAUCGACAGAAGGCGAUUGCCGAGGGUCGCCUCCAACCAACACCUCAUGGGCACCCCGAUGAAGCAAAAAUCAAGGAGCUACUCAACCGCACCAAGUACAACCUUGACGUCACCACCGGCCAGCGCAAGUACGGCGGCCCCCCACCCAAGACUGUUUCUGAUAAAGAGCAGCCCGCCGUCGGCGCUGAAGUGUUUAUCGGCAAAAUUCCUCGAGAUAUGUUUGAGGAUGAGCUUGUCCCCCUUUUUGAAAAAUGCGGCCUCAUCUGGGACUUCCGACUCAUGAUGGACCCAAUGACUGGCCAAAACCGUGGCUACGCUUUCCUAAGCUUUGUUGAACUGUCCGCUGCGCGGAAGUGUGUCGAAAUGUACGACAGAUUCGAAAUCCGCAACAAGCGCGAGCUUCAUGUGACUAUCUCCCAGCCCAACAAUCGCCUCUUCGUCGGAUCGAUCCCAAAAACAAAGACUAAGCAGGAGAUUCUCGACGAGUUCUCCAAGCACACGAACGGAUUGACAGACGUUAUUCUGUAUUAUCAAGUUGAAGAAAAAAACAAGGGUUCUGGUCUCCAGAAGAACCGCGGAUUCUGCUUCUUAGAAUAUGAAACCCAUCAAGCUGCCUCACAAGCCCGACGAAGGCUUCUUUCCGGUCGCGUCAAGGCCUGGAACAACCUCAUUGUCACUGUCGACUGGGCUGACCCUAUCAACUCUCCAGGCGAUGAUAUCAUGGAUAAAGUUAAAGUUUUAUACGUCAAGAAUUUGGCUUCAAUGGUCAGUGAAGAUCUCGUCACCCAAACCUUUGCGGCCUUUGGCGAUAUUGAAAAAGUCAAAAAGCUGAAAGGUGGGAGUUGGGAUUACGCAUUUGUCCACUUCAAGAACCGUGAUGAAGCUCGCCGUGCGAUGUCUGAACUCAACGGACUCAACUUGGAAGGUCAAUGCAUCGAGAUUUGCCUCGCCAAACCACAGGACAAGAAACUCAAGGAAAAGAAACUCGAGCGUCAGAUGCAGAAGCAGAUGGCCAUGUCAGGCGGUUUUGGCUUCGGAAAAGGGCAGGGAAUGAUGCCUGGCAUGCCUCGCUUCCCAGGCCAUCCGCCAUCGUGGAUGAACGGAACUGGAUACCCGUACGGUGGACCUGGAGGCUACAGUGGCGGCCCGAGCAAUGGAUACGGAAAUGGUGGAAACGAUCAAGCGUGGAAUGGCUACUCUGGUUACGCUGGCGGAUACGGUGCUCCUAUGGAGCAGUACAUGAACGGUUACGGUGUCCGGAGUGGCCCAAGCGCCCGUGGCGGCUACUAUAACCGCGGAUCCAACCCCGGUCAGAACAGCGGCAAUAACCGAAGCGGUGGACCCAAGCGCGGCUACAAAGGCGGCAAGUCUCGAAAAUCGCAGAACCACAACGCCAACCAACAACAAAACAAUCACCAGAGCAACCAACAGUAA